GCACGAACGCUUUUCCUACACCAGAACAGACCUAACAGGCUUUAAUUGUGUACUAGUGGAGAUAUGAAGAAGAAGAAUAUAAUUUUGUUUACCUGAAUUCUUUUGUCUCUACCGAUUAAACUUUAUUCAAUUUGGAAAAGUAAUAAACCGUAAAUCAUAAUCGUUUUAAAAAUGCCGUAUUGCUGUGUGCCUGGUUGCGAAAGAAUCAAAAGAGCUAACAAUAGACGUUUCUUGUUUAACUUUCCCAAAAAGGAAGAAUUAUUGCAAAAGUGGCUUGAAGCAAUACCAAGUCUUGAGAGACCAAUAAAAACUUCAUGCCGGGUGUGCCAACAUCAUUUCGAACCUAAUGACAUUCUAGGAGCAUACAGUCACACAAUUGGCGGAAAAAAGUAUCUUAUAGAAAGGGAGAGAGCAAGAUUGAAACCAAACGCUGUGCCCACCACAAAUUUAGGAAAUUCUUUACCAGUGAAUGGAAAAAUAAAAUUAAAACGUGGCAAAACGGCCGGUAAAGCAAGUACCUUACAUAAAGACGAGAUCGCAUCUGACAACAAUGGUAAACCACCUCGCAUUCCCGAAACGGUUGAAAUUUUGAAAGUUGAACAAAUAUGUGAAGAGAUACAUAAAGAUGAAAUCACCUCUCACAACAAUGGUAAACCACGUCGGAUUCCCGAAAUGGUUGAAAUUUUGGAAGUUGAACAGAUAUGUAAUGGAAAUAAUGUAAUCCUAUGUUCGCAGCAAAUAAGGCAGUCAGAUAUUGAAAAACCAGAAAACUCUUACGAAGGCAUAAAAUUACAUUGCGAUGAUUUUACGAUCGCCGAUGACUGCGGUAACAGAUCAAGUGCUCGCAAUAAUGUUGACAUCUUACAAGUACCAGAAAUCGAAGGUAGUAAUCUUAGCGCAAACCGAACAAAAUCUCCAACAUCAACAGCCAGCGAAUCUUUCGACCUUUUUGAUAGCGUUUUCGAAGUGGUUUUACCGACCACACUCUGGGGUGUACAUCGCUCCCCUAAUCAAAAACGUAUAAUGUUCGUAUGUAUAGAUGAAGAGGAACUAAAUAUAAACAAAAUGUUGACCGUCAACGACACAGGUGAAAUCAAAACAUAUUUAGCAAAGCGAUUGAUCAGCGAAGAAUGCUGGCCGACAAACGAUCUAACUCCAGAGCGCAUUUCAGAAAUGCUGGAAGAAUUAGAUGUAAUGCAAAUAUGUUUAGGAGCCGCCUUCUCUGAAAAUUGUGAAAUUGUGCUUAAAGGUAUUGAUAGUGAUGAAAAGAGGGGAACGCGGCUAUGUAUAAGAUGCAUGCAUGGCGAAUUUAUAUAAGGUGGUGUUAAUAGCUCAGCUGAUUUUGUGUAUGUGUUUCGCCGCACGGC